CUUUGCUUGUCUUGCCGCUUCGCUUGUCUAAUCUCUGCAGUUCCAGCUUCCCCGCUGACUUGCCGCCGGCGAGCCCCGCUCCGAGCAUCUCCGCCGCUGCUUCUGCCGAGUCGCAGAGCCAUUUCUCCCGCUUGCCCCCUUUUCACCUCCUCUCGCAUUGAUUCGAUUUCCUCAUCCCCGGAGCUACAAAUUCAAGUGUAGGAACCAAUUAAAGCUUGCCAAAACUAGCAGGGCCCCGGCGGCAUCAGCAAUUCCAGGCGGGCUCUCCUCCCCUCCCCUCCCCAGCUUCAGGCAGCCGACCCAGAGCAGCGCCGCCCUCUUUAUCUCUCUCGGCAGUGAAGGCAGCGUGACGGCCCAGCACAGCAGAGCGGCACCUUCUUGGCUUCUUCAACCUCCCGUCAUCGCCGCCGCAUCGGACCUACACUUCGACGGACGCCGUCGCCGGCCGGAGAACAGGGGUACUGGUGGUGCUCGCCGGAGGGGACCUAGGGCGGCUUCCCGAGCUCGCCUUAUAGGUCGGUCCGCUUCUGGCAGCGUCACUCUCCGCUCGCCGCCCCGCCCCGCGCCGCCGCUCCUCUACCUCUUCCUGGUGGAUUGAUUAUUGUGAAUUUAUCCCCGUCCCUAUCCAUCUGUCCAUGGUCCGCGUGAACUCGUCUUCCUCGGCGCCCGGGGUCAAUCUGACAGAGCAAACCGAGAAUGUUUUUGAGCAACUGAUCAGCAAGAUAGAACCUGCAGAUUUUGAUCCGCGGCCCUUUUUGAAACAAUUGAACGUGUUAGGCCGCUACGAACCAAUCAAGCGGAAUGUAUAUUGCACUAAGAGACGCGUUGAAGAUUAUGGCAUUUCUUGUCGCUGUAAGCCUUCUCCUGGUUCAUCAGUUGUGUGUGGCAGAGACUGCCAUUGUGGCAUGCUCUUCUCUUGCUGUUCAUCACAAUGUGAAUGUGAUAACGCGUGCACCAAUAAAUCAUUCCAGCACAGACCUCUUAAGAAAACCAAAUUGAUUAAGACAGAGAAAUGUGGUCAUGGAUUGGUUGCUGAAGAUGAAAUAAAGAAAGGAGAAUUUGUUAUUGAGUAUGUUGGAGAAGUUAUUGAUGACAGAGCAUGUGAGAAUAGGCUAUGGACAAUGAAAAGGCUGAAUGACACUGACUUCUACCUUUGUGAGGUCAGUAGUAAUAUGGUCAUCGAUGCAACAAACAAGGGAAACCUGUCCCGAUUUAUAAACCAUAGUUGUGAACCAAACACAAAGAUGCAGAAAUGGACUGUUGAUGGAGAGACCAGGGUUGGGAUUUUCGCACUUCGUGACAUAAAGAUAGGGGAGGAGCUGACCUAUGACUAUAAAUUUGUCCAGUUUGGAGCAGCUCAAGUUUGUCAUUGUGGAUCUUCGAAGUGCAGAAAAAUGCUAGGCACGGCGAAGUAUUCAGGAAGCUCACAGAAUCAUCAUGCCAAGAAGAAAAAGAGGAAAACAAACUGUGAGAAUUGCAUACAGCAGUUUCUUCGUCUGUGGCAUCCACAGCAAAGAAUGUAUGUUGGAUGUUGGAUAGUUGACUUUGAUCAAGAAACUAAAAUGCAUACUCUGCAGUUCAUUGAUCUCCAUACUGAAAAGUUUGAUUUGAAAGAAGAAGAAUGGCACUUCUUAGAGGUUGAUUUCGAUGAUGAAGAUUGAUAACUGAAGGAUUGUCAUGGUUUGCUGCACCACCAGCCUACUUGGGAGUUGGCGAUCGCAGCAUAGACAAACAGAUGGCCAGUUUUCUCUCAUUUGGAGUCUACUGCAACCCUGAACUGUCGUGGCAUUCAUGUAUGCCCCUGGGCAUCAUAUAUAAACUGUAACUGCUGCUUCCAGCUGGACCGGCAUGCCACCCCACCGCCAAUUGCAUUGUUCAUUGCGCAUCCUGUGACGCUUAGAAACAAAAUAAAGUCUUGCUGAGUGUAGUGUAUCUCAGCGCUGUCGUGUCGUGUUGUGUGAAAGUGUACUUGAGAGCAGAUUAUGUGUCGUGACUGCUAAUAGGAAUGUUGGUUGUGCCUGCUGCUGUUGCAAUGCCCUGAGGAAACAUGAGGCGGCAUGAUCGAAGUGAUUUGUCAUUUGUCUCCUGGGAAGCCGCAGGUUUGUUGAUCGACGCAUGCAUGCAUGAGGACUGAUCGAGGAGAUAUAGGCCAAAAAACGGCUGCAGUGUACUACAAGACAGUUGUACAAUCCCCCUCCUGUAACUUGAGUUUGUCUGUAGGCAAUAACGUCUCCUUGUUUGUAUUCUGUAUUAUGGAAUGCUAAUUUCACUGAAGGUGUUACUUUUUUGGUAAUGAAAGACAGCAGUUCAUCCAUUA